AUGGAGGAAACAUAUCUGACGAUAGACAAGAACCUCGAGGAGCACAACCUCCCCCAGAUGGGAGUCCAAGAACCUAUACUGAAUCCCAUCCUGGUUUCUCUUUUGAUAAUAUUCCUCCGGCGAAAUGGUGCUACUCUUCCUGUAGUCAUUGACAGGAUGAUCUCAAAAUUCCACGGUCGCCUCCGGCAAUGGUGGAUCAGUCUUGGAGAGUACCGACAAAUGCAAAUACAUCAGUCACCAUCAGUAGAUGCUCUAAUUGGUCACAUCCACAACGAAUUUCUUGGUACAUGGGAUCACUACACCGUCCAGGCAAGAGAAGAAUAUCUGAAUAUGAGAUGUUGUUCUUACAAGAAGAAGGAUUUGGAGAGACAUUAUGAAAAAAUGUCUAAGAGAUUCUACGCUCUAAAUGGGAUAGAUGAUGUCAAUCUCAAGCAGGCCUACUUGAACUCACUUCCAGAACCACUUGGAAAUGAGACUUCAAGGGUUUUGUCACUCAAGAAUAUGGCCCUUAACCAAGCAUCAUUNGGAGAGAUAUACCAGAUGUCGCUUGCAGCCUUGGAGAAAUUAUGCAACCAUCAAAAAAUUUUCAAACAGUUGCAAGAGCAAGGAAAACUUCUUGGAAAAGCAUGUGAUCGCCCAGAACUCUCCAUCAAAUGCAAGAAAAAAAAGCUAGUAAAGAAGCAAAGAGGUUUCAAGAAGUCAGACAAAUGCUACAUUUGUAAAAAGAAAGGACACUAUGCUAAACAGUGCCCAAACAAGAAGAAAAGAGACAACCUCAUGGGAUACCUAGCCAAAAUUGAAGAUAUUGAUGACUCAGAUGUCGAGUCCAUCUUCUCGCUAGAUGAUGAACCAACGGAAGACACUAUUCUAGCCAUGGGAAUAGAGCAAGAAGAUAGUUUGUCAGAAAAUACUGAAGAAUCUGACACAGAAGAGGAAGAUGAUCAAUUUAUGGAGUUUGAUCUCUAUAUGCUUGAUAUUUGCAAGGCAGAGCAGCCAGUUGAAAGGGCCGCAAAAGAGUGUCUUGGCACCCUAAAGAUCUUAAACACAAAAACCAUGUUUUACCCUGGACCUCAAUCUCCCAUCUAUACCCCUUGGAGAUCCUUAAUCCUAUCAAGGAAGAGAUUGCAAAAAACCUCAUGCGCCACCUCUCAUUCAGAGUUCCUAACCAAAUGCGCUUCGCCUCUUUGGAAGAAUCCAAAUUUCUUCAUCUCAUUACCUUUCAAGAAAAAUGAGGAUGUCAAUCCGACUAAGGCGAGCCACCUUGGAAUGAAUCCAGAUCAUUACAAUCUUACACUCGAAGAAGUAAACCCACUCCAGAAGGAAGAUCUCAUUGAGAAGACUACUUCACCAUGGGCGUGUGAAGCUUUUUAUGUCAACAAGAGAGCAUAA